UCGCAUAAAGUCAACGCAUCAUCUAUCGGAAGGCUCCUAGCUACCACGUCUGGAUCUCGGUACGAUGCGGCAUUUCACAAGAGCCGUCGUCGCGGCGUUCCUACUAGCCAGCUUGUGCACAGCCCAGCGGGUCGCAGAGGGCGGUCAAUGCAGUCAAGCGAACAACAGAUUGGACGGAGCGACAGGGAAUUUCGUGACGGACUGUGAUCAUCAGACUUUUUGUGACGAUACGGGGAUUUGUAGGAACAAGACGUGUCGGCAGGACGAGUACCCCCUAGGAUACAACGAAGUCGCCUACGCCGACCUUCCCCCUCUAUGCCCCCAGGGGCAAUUCUGUCCGGAUGAAGGGAGCGGGUGUAUGCAACAGGUGGGGACGGGUCAGGGGUGUCAGUUGGAUAGGGAUAAUCAAUGCUCCCCGCCCCCAGCUGAACUUCGAUUGGCUGGCGAGUUGAAUACGAACGGGUCGAUCUGUUUGAAUUUCGUUUGUUACUGGUCGAACGUCACUUUGGGACAAGAUUGCAUCUUUGAGAAUAAGGCGUACUCGGCGUUCGAUAAUGAUGGGGGGUCGUUCGGAUAUGUGUUUUCUAGGGACAACUGCGCGAACGGGCUUUAUUGUGAUGGGACCACUUUGAAGUGUAAUCACGACAAGAAGAUCGGGGAAGCUUGUACCGGGAACAAAGAGUGUCAAUCGUAUUGGUGUGUCGACAAUAAGUGUCAUAAAGCCGCUGGGGAUCCUCGACGACCGGGAGUCUGGGUUUACCCCGUCGUCGCCAUCUGUAUCGCUUUGCUUAUGGUCGGGAUCGGCGUUGGAUUGUGGUUGUGGCACAAGAAGACUAGGGAGAAGAAUAGGAUCAAGUUGGAACAGUACGAGUCGGAGCAGACGGCUUAUCGUCAGGCGUUGUUGUCGCUCAGCAACGCUCGAGAGUCUAUCAUGGCCUUGCCCAAGGAUACUCCCGAAUUUGUCGCUCGACAAUCCCUCUACUCGCUCGACGGGUACCGUGAUGCCAACCGAGGCGGAUACGCUUCGUCCAUCGUCACGGGUGAGAGCCCUCCCGGGAGCCGUCGACCGAGCAGCUUUGGGUACGAGGAUAGGGGCAAUGAGGAUGACGUGCUCAUCAUCCCCAGUUCCAAAGCCCGGGGGUGAUCGGGUCCAUCCCGUCAUGCCGCUUCGGACGCUUUGUUUGUUGUGGACUGGGCUUGCAUCUGUAUCAGUCGUUUUGAUGUAGCCGCGAUCGUUUUGUUCAUGUUUAGUUCUUUCCCUUAGCAUAGUUACGAUAUACAAUGACAUAGAGACUCGGA